AUGGCUUUAAUAUACGCGAAUGCCGUUAAUAAGAGAAUGCAUCAUCAUCACGGAUCAAGAAUGAAGAAGAGAUCCGAUUGUCAUGAGGAUGACGUUGACUAUCGCAGAAGUAUGAGUCGCGAUGCACCAACUCGCAAAUUCUGUGGCGACUUGUAUUUGAAAAAAAUCGCAGAAGAUGAAGCGAUUCGCAAGGUUUCCCAGCCUGUUAUGUCGUUGCAUAACAAGACAAAAUGUUCGGAAAUGAAUAAACCCGAGACUUCGAAGAAAAGCGUUGUCAAUAAGUAUGACUUAGAGCAGCACAUUAAGAAAGAUUCAAAGAGCGACUCUCGUAGACGCAGCGUUAGCUUGGAUCCGCAACAGUGGAAGGAACAAACCGAUGAAAAGUAG